GAGGAGAGCCCCUGGCCCGACGCCGUCAUUCCCGACUACAGCGACGGAACAAAUUCUCUCAUAAGUGGAGGAUGGGAUACAUCGGCCUGGGGCUUGAAUUCAAAUACUGAACCACAGAAUCAGCCGGUAUCACCGACAGCCAUCACUAAGCCAGUGAGGAGGACGGUAGUAGAUGAAUCUGAAAGCUUCUUCAGUGCCUUUCUCUCUCCGACAGACGUUCAGAGCAUACAGAAAAAUCCAGUGGUGUCCAAACCUCCUGCCAAAUCACAGCGACCCGAAGAGGAGGUGAAGAACACUGUAAAGGAGCCUCAGCACUCCAGUCAGCUGGAAGUAGCAGUGACAGCAGAGGCAGAAGUGAAGGAUUCCUCUGUAGCUGUGCUGGUGGACUUGAAAAACCUCGAUGUUCCCAAGGAGAAAUCAGAAGAGAAUUCUGUGCUUGGAUCUAAUGCCAGGCCUGAAGAAAGCACAAAUGAAGUUACUGACAAAAAGGUGUCUGCUCUGAAUUUGGAAGCACCUGAAGAUGCUCUUAAUGAAAAAUCCAGCGUCGGAGGGGUUGGAGCGGGGAGUGCAGGGGAGGGAACAUCACAGCCUCUUAAUGCAAGUACGAAAGACAUGGGUUUGGAAACUAAGGAGCGGAAGACUGAGGACAGGCAAAGCAAUACACCGUCACCUCCAGUUAGCACUUUCUCCUCCGGGACAUCUACAACUAGUGAUAUUGAAGUUCUGGAUCAUGAAAGUGUAAUAAGUGAGAGCUCAGUAAGUUCCAGACAAGAAGCUGCAGAUUCAAAAUCCAGUCUUCAUCUAAUGCAAACAUCAUUUCAGCUUUUGUCUACAUCUGCCUGUGCGGAUUAUAAUCGUUUAGAUGACUUUCAAAAGAUGACUGAGAGUUGCUGCUCCUCUGAUGCUUUUGAAAGGAUUGAUUCGUUUAGUGUACAGUCUUUAGAUAGUAGAAGUGUAAGUGAAAUAAAUUCAGAUGAUGAGUUGUCAGGCAGGGCUUCUGCUUCAGCCUCUGUCGCUGUCAGUCCUUCUGCGCCAAAGACAGAAACGGUUGGUGAUCUGAAAAACAAAUCUGAAAACCUGAAUGACACUUCUGUUUUACAUGCGGAGGAAGCUGAGAUGGAAGAGAGUGGGAGGAGUGCAACCCCUGUUAAUUCUGAGCAGCCAGAUGUGUUGGUUGCUGCUGUGCAGACUCUUGAAGAGCAGGUGGUGAAAGAGGAGGCUGAGCCACAGCAGGAGGCUGCUGAGAAUUUGGUAGAAGAGGACGUUGAGAUGCAAGGACUUAAAAAGAUGAUUGAUUCAUUAACUGAGAAACUGGAGAAGAGGGAAAUACAGUUAUUAAAUACUAGUAAAGAAAAGGCGCGCCUGGAAGAAGCUUAUGAUAACCUAAAAGAUGAAAUGUUCAGAAUAAAAGAAGAGAGCAGUAGCCUUUCAUCUCUUAAAGAGGAGUUUGCUCAGCGAAUUGCCGAUGCUGAAAAGAAGCUCCAGCUCGCCUGCAAGGAGAGAGAUGCAGCUAAAAAGGAAGUAAAGACCGUUAAAGAAGAAUUGGCUACUAGACUUAAUACCAAUGAAACUGCUGAAUUACUGAAAGAAAAAGAAGAGCAGAUCAAAGGAUUAAUGGAUGAAGGAGAAAAGCUUUCCAAACAGCAGCUGCAUAAUUCCAACAUUAUUAAGAAGUUAAGAGCCAAGGAGAAAGAAAGAGAAAAUAUUAACACAAAACAGAACAAAAAGAUUAAGGAAUUGGAAGAGGAGUUGCAGCACUUAAAACAGGUGCUCGAUGGCAAGGAAGACCUUGAGAGGCAGCAUCGAGACAGCAUUAAACAACUCAACGGUGUUGUAGAGCGACAAGAAAAGGAUCUUGCUAAACUUCAGGGGGAAGUGGAAGACCUUGAAGAACGGAACAGAAGUGUCCAGGCAGCACUUGACAGUGCAUAUAAAGAACUGGCAGAUCUUCAUAAAGCUAAUGCUACAAAGGACAGUGAGGCGCAGGAAGCAGCCUUAAGUCGGGAGAUGAAGGCAAAGGAAGAGCUUGGGUUAGCUCUGGAGAAGGCCCAGGAUGAGGCGCGGCAGCAGCAAGAAGCCUUGGCAAUUCAGGUGGCAGACCUGAGGUUAGCGCUGCAACGGGCAGAACAGCAGGCAGCAAGAAAAGAAGACUAUUUACGCCAAGAAAUAGGUGAACUACAACAGAGGCUUCAGGAAGCAGAGGGCCGGAACCAAGAACUAAGUCAAAGUGUUACAUCUGCUACACGGCCACUUCUUCGACAGAUAGAAAAUCUUCAAGCCACACUGGGAGCACAAACCUCUGCAUGGGAAAAAUUGGAGAAGAAUCUUUCUGACAGACUUGGUGAAUCUCAAACUCUUCUAGCAGCAGCUGCUGAGAGAGAACGGGCUGCUACAGAAGAACUUCUUUCUAAUAAAAUUCAGAUGUCUUCUACUGAAUCUCAGAAUAGUCUUCUAAGGCAAGAAAAUACACGUCUUCAGGCUCAGCUGGAAGUGGAGAGAAGCAGAUUGAAGAAAAUGGAAAAUGAAAACAGCAGGUAUGAGGUUGAACUAGAAGGGCUCAAAGAUGAGUAUGCAAAAACCUUGGAAGAUGCGAAGAAGGAAAAGACGCUGCUAGCGACGCAGUUAGAAAUGGAGAAGAUGAAAGUUGAACAGGAAAGAAAGAAGGCAAUUUUCGUGCAAGAAGUAGCAAAGGAGAAG